GAGGCGGACCGACUUCGCGAAAGAGAAGCGGAGCGUUUGUGUAACGAAGUUGCGGCUCGCGAAGCGACCGAGAAGCUGCACCGCGUUGAGAAGGAAAACGCUGCCCUGGAGGCUCGCCUUGCGGAAAUGGGGGAGCUACAAGCAUCCUACGACGACCUACUGCAUUUGAAGUCUGACCUGGAGUACUGCCAACGACGAGAAACUCAACUCUCCGAGUUCACACGUCGGCUGACUGAACGCAACGCGGCCCUCCAGUCUGACUACCUGUCUACCCAGUCUCGUCUCCAGGCCAGCGAAAGCGCAGUUUCUGAGGCGCGUCGGGCCGCG